AGUCCAGGUCUCUAUCGCGACAUCGAUGUCGUGCGCAUUCGCCCAAGUAUUUUUUGCUAGUGACCAAUGAAAGUAGAAGUACAUCGGGGAACCCCCCGCACAAGUAGCGGAUGGCGCGAAUUUGUUUGGUACGCCCUGCUGCUCGUGCAUCCCACAUGGGCCAACCCACCGGGCGCGACGCGCUUGUCGACCGCUGGGGGGACGAGAAUCCUGCAAAUCACUUCGAGCGAGUCGCGGCAACUUUCCUCCCGCUGGCACCGUAGCGAUGAUGCAGAUAUUGAGGAGGUUGUGAAGGCGCAAAACAACCAAAAUGUGCGCACAACAUCCACAGGAACCGCACCGCGAGCAGAAAAGCAAGAGUCCGCGAAACAAGGAGCGAGUUCGUUUGCCGAGCAGAUUUCCAGUCUACCGGGAAGCGGCCCCGCUCCUUCCGGUGAAGAUGCGGGGCAGCUCGUGACGCAGCCACGAAUCGCCGAAGUGUACACCUUCGGCGCCCCUAAAAUUACACAAGACAAGAACUGGCUGUCGGAUGCCAUUCCGGAAAACGCUUCACUACCGGGCCUUCGGGUGUGGACAGAGCAGUGCGGGGAAAUUGCGCCCGGUUUUUGGGAACCCCCGCGCACCAGGUCGCCUCCCGGUUCCGCGGGAAACUGCCUCGAGCCGCACGACACGGAUUUUGGUGCGCAGUCCAGCUUUCUACUGGGCGACUGGUACCACCCAACCAUGGACGCGCUUCAGCUCGUGCUGGCUAAUCCGAAGCACGGGGGGAUCACCGGCGGCGACUGGGGGGCGGUGUACGAGAAGAUCGUGGAGCAACAGCUGCCGCUUGCGGAUCUGGUGCCCGCCACAAAUUACCUGUCCACCGGGGACGCGCCCGAUGCUCUCGCCGUGCUACCAGCCGCCGAACAAUCGCUGCGCGAGUUGUUCUCGCCCAUGACCGACCCGUACCUGCACAUGGAGCCGGCGUAUUUUACUGGGUUGUUGCGCGCCGUGGCGGUCGCGAAGGGCUACAACGCGACCGCAAAGGAUCUGGAGCAAGCGCACCGGGUGGAGCGGAGCCAGGCGUACACGCAUCUGGUGUUCCCGCAAAAGGGGCGCGACCCGGCGCUCAUGUACCCGACGACGGGUGGCGGAGAGGACCGUGGGCCGGACGGAUUGAUGAAAACAAUUCUCGAUCCCGGCCACACCUACUUCCGGAUCCGGCCUAUCGCGCGCGUGUCCCUGUUAACGCGCCAUUUCGGGACCGACGUGCUUCUGGAUGAAGACAUCGUCUCACUGUCCCAAGACACCGCGACCCGGCGCUGCGUGCUCGCUCUGUCGCCAACGAACAGCGUGGAUGAGCUGGUAUCUUCGAAUUUGCUUGAGAGCACGCCUAAGAACCAGUGGUGCGGGGCGCUGAAGCAGGUGCACUCGGGCUACGCGAACAAGGCGGACCAGGCGCUUCGGUGCGGACUACCCCCGAUGGCCAACGCGCUGGCAACCUGCUCCGAGCUGGACCUAGCGGGGCACUCCCUCGGCGGAUCGGCCGCGACUCUCCUCUUCGCCUGCGCGCAGCACUAUCUUCAGAUGUACAAUGCGGCACCAAACCCGGGAGAUUUGAAAAGCGUCGACGGGAACCUCGCGAAACUGGACGAGCUGCUGCGUUUCCGCCCGGCGGAAUUGUCCUCGGCGCCCGGGAGUGCACGGCAGAGUGGUUCCCUGUUCCCCGCACUGAAGCAAGGGGACAGGGGACAUGUUGUGCAUCUGAAGAACACCUUGAGCCGCGAAGAGAGGAUGACGAACUGCGAUGCACAGCUGCACAUCGCGGAGCUGCGCAAACAACCGGCGAGCCACCGGUUGAACAUCGACAUUGUUCCGCAAUAAAAGAAGGAAAGCCGCUGCAGUGUUAGUUCCCUUAGAUAGGCUUUGAUGGGAUCAUGAAAGUAAAAAUCUUUUUAUUAUUCCAGUGUAAGUAGAUGUAGAAGCAAGUAGUACGAAGUAUCAGAAGUACACACAGAGUAGUUAUCUUUCGACUUUAGUUUCUCAUGUUCAACUACUGCGCUUUUCCCUUUCUACGAAUGUAUAAUGUAGGCAAAAGUCAACACCUCACUCUUUGGUUUCUGCUUGUGAUUUCCCCCGAAUUUAGCUACCCGACACAGUUACGUUCCAGCAGUUGCAGCCCGCGUCCCCCGUCCUCUGCGACAGAUUGGCAGGAGAAAGGAAAUUCUCUGCGGGGGAAAAAUCUGUUGACGAAAUCGGGCAGGAACAUCCACAUGCAAGCUCUGUGCAUGUAAGAUGUGGAACUCGAAUCCCUGUCUUGUGCUGACAAGUUUUUUUGAUGUCUUGCGUUUGCCCGAUAUAAACGUGUGAAGCAGUUGACUACUUUCGCUUGG